AUGGUUGAAGUGCCCAUCGGAUCCCGUGAAAGUAUUGAUACGAACAACUUGAGGAUGCUUCGAUUGCGGAAAUUGGAAUUCAAGCAGCAUCUGAUUGGUAUCUUUGAGACCCUGGGCUAUGUGUUCAUCACUGUCUUGUACCUGAAGAACAUGUCAUUUGUGCGUUUCUUUAUAAGGCUAUGCCUCCACGUCGUGCUGUCGAAUCCAUUCCCUUCAAGCUUGCCCAGAAGCGUACCCAGAGAGUCCAAGAGAAACCUGACAAAGUCGUUUUUGGUGACUUUGAACGUUGUGAACGCUUUGUUCUUCGCAUUGGAUAUGAUAACAGGUGUUCCCGAGACGUCGAAUGGAUCCGGGUUGUUCCACGGGAGCUUGACGUUACAGAUAAUUGGCGAGACUCCACCAUCAUCGAGAUGGACAUAUGUCUAUUAUAACGGGCUGAUUGCGUCAGUACAGUUUGUUACGCUGUACCUGUCUUGUAUCCUGAACACCGAUGACGAUAUAGAUGAACAGUCAACGGUGUUACCUGGAUCGAGCUAUUCCUUGACCCAGGUUGAAGGUGAUGGCUAUACGGGGAACUGCCUAGUUGGCACUCUGCACCCUUCACUGGUUUAUUGGAAGAUUAUGAACUUCUCCAACGACAACCAACAGCCCACAGACGGAGACACAACGACAUAUAACGACUACAUGGGUCAUAGAUUCGACAUUAGCCAAAUGAUAUAG